GCCAAACCCGCCAGGUUCCGCCUUCGGAGCCUUGCCCAAUGGAGAAACUUUCGCUUUCCAGUCUGGCGUCCAGCCAUCGGUAAGCCGGCCAAUCAUCGGAGCGCACACAAAUCGUCUUGCCCUACGCCCUCCGUCCACUGCUCACAAGCGAAAAAAGACGUCGAACGCGGAGAACCACACCUGAACGACCGAACUUCCAUCGACAACCACCCCCCCGUACGACCUCGCUGCCGCCUACCGGGACUUUCACAAUGAAGUUCAUGAAAGUGGGCCGUGUGGCCAUCAUCACCCGAGGCCGCUAUGCCGGCAAGAAGGUCGUCAUCAUCCAGCCCUACGACGCUGGUUCCAAGUCGCACCCCUUCUCCUACGCUCUCGUUGCCGGUAUCGAGCGCUACCCCCUGAAGGUCACCCGCCGCAUGGGACAGAAGAAGAUUGAGAAGCGCAGCCGCAUCAAGCCCUUCAUCAAGGUCGUCAACUACAACCACCUGAUGCCCACUCGCUACACUCUCGAGCUCGAGGGCCUCAAGGGUGUUGUCACCCAGGACACCUUCAAGGAGGUCUCUCAGCGCGAGGACGCCAAGAAGACCAUCAAGAAGGCUCUGGAGGACCGAUACACCAGCGGCAAGAACAGAUGGUUCUUCACUCCUCUGCGUUUCUAAACGGGAUACUCCGGGGUUACGGGUGUUGUCGUUUUGAAGGCGCAGGGUCCGAGGUGAGGUGAAGAGGAAGCAACGAGCCCUCGAGCAUCUCCAAUUCUCGUGCAUGGCAACAAAGAUCCGGAAAAAGCGACAUGAUUAGAAAGGGAAAGGGUUUUUAUACCAUGGCUGGAGAACGGGAUUGGAGGGAUGGUGCUCGAUGGCCAC